AUGCCAUCCGCCGUUGCCACAGCCUCGACCAACUUCCUCCUCGCGACAGUCGAAAACCGCUGUUCAUGCUACAACCUCACCAAGGCGUCCCCCAUCGCUGACUCUCGGAUCCGCGAGAUCAUCGAAUCCGCCGUCAAGCACACUCCAUCCGCGUUCAAUGUGCAGUCCACCCGCGCCGUUGUCCUGGUGAAGCAGGACCACGAAAAGCUGUGGGACAUUGGCGACGCCGCCUUGAAAAGCGCCAUGCCGGAGCAGGCGUACGCCGCUCUGGCGCCCAAGAUCCAGGGUUUCCGUGCCGCCUAUGGCACCGUCUUGUGGUUCGAGGACCAGUCUGCCCUGGAUGCCUUGAAGGAGAAGAAUCCGGCCAUCCAGCACGUCAUUCCACAGUGGUCCGGCCAUUCCAACGGCAUGCACCAAUUCCUCGUCUGGACCGCCUUGGAACUCGAAGGUCUGGGCUGCAAUCUCCAGCAUUACAACUUCAUGCCCGAGUUCCGACACAAGGUGCAAGCAGAGUGGGACAUCCCCUCAACCUGGGCUCUGCAUUCACAGCUUGUCUUUGGGACGCCGGCGGAUGGUCUGAAGAGGAGCAGAGAGAGGACGUACUUGCCGCUUGAGGACCGUGUGAAGAUGUUUGGCGGGAAAUGA